AUUCCGGUGACAUAUCCGACGACAGCGCCUGAGAUAGCGAUUCCCGAAUUGGACGGCAAGACCGCGAAGAUGUAUAGGGGAGGGAAGAUCUGUACGUCCGAUCACUUCAAGCCAUUGUGGGCCAGAAAUGUACCCAAAUUCGGCAUCUCUCACGCCAUGGCCCUCGGGUUGGGUCCGUGGCUGGCCGUCGAGGUGCCCGACCUCAUCGCUCGUGGUAUCGUCAAAGAGAAGCAAAACCAAUGACCAGUUUUUCGGUUAAUUUGUUUAAAUAAUUUUAAU